AUGGCAGUUCACGGGUCAACACCCAAGCGUAAAGAAAUUUACAAACAUGAGGCGCCAUGGCCGCUGUACAGUAUGAACUGGUCUGUGCGGCCCGAUAAACGAUUUCGCCUGGCGAUUGGGAGCUUUGUAGAGGAAUACAAUAACAAAGUACAAAUUGUGUCAUUAGACGAAGAAGUAUCGGAGUUCAGUCCUAAGAGCACAUUUGAUCAUCCGUAUCCAACGACCAAAAUUAUGUGGAUUCCUGAUAGUAAAGGAGUAUUUCCCGAUUUAUUAGCUACAAGUGGGGAUUAUUUACGAAUCUGGAGAGCAGGUGAACCAGAAACCAGACUGGAAUGCAUUCUUAACAAUAACAAGAACUCAGACUUUUGUGCUCCAUUAACAUCAUUUGACUGGAAUGAAGUUGAUCCAAACUUAAUUGGUACAUCAAGUAUAGAUACCACAUGUACAAUUUGGGGUCUUGAAACAACUCAGAUUGUUGGACGAAUUAAUUCUGUUGCCGGGCAUGUGAAGACUCAACUUAUUGCCCACGAUAAAGAAGUUUAUGAUAUAGCAUUUAGUCGUGCUGGAGGUGGCCGUGAUAUGUUUGCUUCAGUUGGGGCUGAUGGUUCAGUUAGAAUGUUUGAUCUGCGGCAUUUGGAACAUUCUACAAUAAUUUAUGAAGAUCCUCAGCACUCUCCAUUACUUAGGCUCGCAUGGAACAAGCAAGAUCCCAAUUAUCUUGCUACAGUUGCUAUGGAUGCAUGCGAAGUUAUUAUAUUGGAUGUUAGAGUGCCUUGUACACCUGUGGCUAGAUUAAACAAUCAUAGGGCAUGUGUUAAUGGAAUUGCAUGGGCUCCACAUUCAUCUUGCCAUAUAUGCACUGCUGGUGAUGAUCACCAGGCCCUUAUAUGGGAUAUCCAACAAAUGCCUAGGGCCAUUGAAGAUCCAAUCCUAGCAUAUACCGCUGCAGAAGGUGAAAUCAAUCAAAUUCAAUGGGGUGCCACUCAACCAGACUGGAUCGCCAUUUGUUACAACAAGUCUUUGGAAAUAUUACGAGUGUAG